UUAGUCAGUCAGUGUGGUGAGCUCGUGGUGAAUUAAGCAUGCACGUGGUACUGCUGGUGAAUCUCGAUACGAAGCGCAAGAAACAUGCGUCCUUCUUCAAGGCCAUCGCGACCGGUGAUACAAAGUUGCUAAUCAUGACCGACGCACUCAAGAUGACCGACAUGCAGCAGCGCGCCAGUAUCGAGUUCGAGCGCCAGCGCCACCUGGCAAACUGGCUGAUCGAGUCGAGCCCGCACAUGCCCAAACCGACCGCCGCCCAACAAAAGCAGCUCCAGCAACACCAACAGCAAUUGCAACAGCAGCAACUACAGCAACUAGCCGGUGGUGCAAUUACCGGCAAACAAGCGUCUAAAGCGGCAGCCAAACUCAAACAAAGUCCAAUGUUUCUUUUGGCAAAAAUUGGCCACAACAUGAACCUAGCCGUUGGUGGUGGCGGAGGAACUGGAGGCGGUGGUGGUGGUGGAGGAGGAGGAGGAGGAGGAGGAGGUGGUGGUGGGAACUCACUCGUAGCCGGUUCCACCUUCAACUCCCAGACGAACCUUCCGCUUCAAAUUCUCGCCCCGGGUGGUGGCCGCGAAGGAAACAAACCGAAGCUGCGACGGUUUAACUCGCACGACACCAGCGCCAACAUGUUCUCGGUGGCGGAGUUUGAGAACGCACGGAUGGCACGUCGGAACGAGCUGGAAAGUGCGGCUCUGCUACGUCAGCGGGCUCGCUACAAGCUCAACUCUCUCAAUUCUUCUGGAGGUGGUGGUGGUGGCGGCGGCGGAGGAGGAGGUGGUGCAGGAGGUGGCGGCGACUGCUCAACGGGGGAAAGCAAGGGUUCAAAGCUGAGCUCCAGCGAAUCAACCACCGAACCACUGUUUGCGGAACAAUUUCUCGAACGCUUCUCGUUGCCCCGUGUCAUUCGCCUGUCGUACACUUCCUCCACCUCGCCGAUGCCGGGCGGUGGUCAGGGUGAUCAGACGAUGACUUCCUCUAGUUCGGCCGAAUCGAGCAGUACGGCAGAACGGCCCAGCAAUGGUUCCAAGGGAGGCGGCAAGUCGAAGAAGGGCAAAGGGUCGGCCACGAUCGGUGGCGAUCUGUUUCUGCUGUAUCGGUAUAUGCGCGGCUAUCGGAGCUACCACGUGUUCAACACCAAGGCGGGCACUAGUCGAAAGAAGGGCUACAAGAUACCGCACGAUUUUCCCGGUUACUUCUCGUUCAUCAACGACAAGGGCGCACCGACGGCCACCGUGUAUACGACGAUCGUGCAACUGGUAAGGGAUCAGGUGUACAAGUUCCUGUCGCUGGAUAACCUUUCCGCUUACACCGAAUCGCAUGACAACUUUAGCCACAAAACGCACUACGUGAAGGCGACAGCCAAGGCGGGUCAGGUAUACCGACUGUUGGCAGUCUUCCAGGAUGGAGAUCACAAGUCUUCCACGUCGCCCUCUAGUCACAAGGAUGCGUCCGGUGCUGGGAACGCUAACGUUGGUGGCCGCGAGAAGGAACGGGGCAAGUACGCGCAGCUGUUGGACGACAAUCGUCAGAUAUACUACGUGUCGCUGUCCGCCAAAGGCAAGUUCUACGAGAUAGAGCAGCAUAGUGCUCCAGUUCUUCAGAAGUACACCAACUUUGGCAACCAUCAUCAGCUGCACAGCCUCAAUGGGAAUAAUACGAGCAGCAGUAGCGUUGGGACCAAUGGUGGAAACCAGACGUCCCAACAGCAUCAACACAUGCACCAGAACCACCAGAACCAGCAGCAGCAGCACCGAAAACCGAAACAACUGAGCAGGGAUUGUGUGCAUCGGAUCGGGUUCAUAAUGCAGUCGGAGCCGUGUUUACCGCUAAACCUUAAGCUCAUCUCACCACAGACGGGGGCCCACUCCUCCACCGUACCUGAGUACGUCACGAUCGCAAAGAUCAGUGAGGAGAACUUCCUGAUUGCGUGCCCACUAGACGAGCAACAUCUGACGACGACUCUCACCCUUACCAAGCUACAUCUGACACCUCAGAUGAAGUUCGCCAAGUGUACGAUGGGAUUCGAGAACGAGCAGCACAUGUUCCUGAACGCAAACGUCCAGACAGUGCUCAAGUUCUGCCAGUUUAACUGUGACAACUUCCUGCGUGUAGUUGACCACGAAACCAAUGCAAUCGAACUGCUGCAAAUGACGGCCCUCUCGGUAGGACAGCAACAGCAGUCCUCCCUUACUAUGACUUCCAACACAACGACAACUACCGGCCCAAGUUCUCUAGGAUCAAGUGGCAGCGGUGGUGGUGGAAAGCACGAAUCGAAGAGUGGAGGAUCGGAUGUGCUCCGACGAUUCGGACGCCUGUUUGGUGGCGGUGGUUCCAGCGGUGGACACGAUCGAAAUGGCGGUUCCGGCCACGAGAAGGAAGAUUCCAUCAUAUUUUUAAGUAAAAAUGAUCUGGAAAGUCUCGAAUGCAAUGGUGCCGGUGGCCGAGAAUUGGAUGACCAUCAUCACCACUCUACUCCCUACCACCAACACCACCACCAUCACAGUUUGGUAGACGAACGGUCUACGCUCGGUGGACGAUCGUCGUCGGAUGGGGCCACCAACCACGAACCCCACUCCCUCCCAAUCCCUAGCUAUCGAAGCGAGAAGAUGAAAGUGUUUGCAUCGCCGAAUGGGAAAAGCAAACCGUCAACGACCACCCCAGCGGGCGCUACAUCCUCUUCCACUUCGAAAUGGUUCCGAGGAUUCGGAAAUCGUUCAAGUGCGAACGAAUCCGUAUCGGCGGAUGACGAGUGGGACAAGCGAACCAGUCUCGAUCGUUACCGGGACAUGUCGAAGCUCAUUCAGGAACGGUUCGGAACGUUGGGAAUGCUUUCGCUCUCAUCCCGUGCGGCCAGUACCGAUCGAAUCAGUGCGUUUGACGAUGGUACGAUCGUAAGCCACGACCCUUCUUCCUCGGUCGCCGGUGUCGGUGCUCGCGAGAAGUGUCUUUCGCUACAGCACAUCGAGCAGAAGAGUAAACCGGAUCUGGUACCACCCGGUCAUCACGGUUCCGGUGGUGAUGAAACGAUCCGCAACGAUGAGGACGAUGAUAAUGCUAGCGAACUGACAGCAUCCGAACUUGGGGACACAAUAUUCUUCCCACUUCGGCACAGCACCAACCAACAAUCAUUCAUGACGCAGAAGCUUUACAGCGAGUUCCACGUAAAGACGAAGCAGUACAGCAAAUCUUCCUCCAGCAUUCAGCAGCUGUUACAUCUUGCUAGCAAUGGUGGUAAUCGAUCUAGCGAACCUGCGGGUAGUAAGAAAAGUGCCCUCAAGAAUCGUUUCAGAAAUAGCGCCUCUAGCCACAAUGAGGUGGUACUAUCGUUCGAGGAUCUUCGCUACAUGAACAGGGAUAGUGAUGAGGGUGCUGAGGUGAAGGAGGAGAAACGUCCAACGAAGACAGUUUCCCUGCGAGAACCCCAACCACAACCGGGUGUAAGCGAAAGGACGAUUCUGGAUGAUUUACCGUACAGUAGUGUGCGUGAUUCGAUCGUACUGCAGGCGGAUGAUUCCGACCAGGACGACAGUAGCUCCGUACCGGCCGAAAGCAUUUAUGCGGAAAUUUGUACCGAGGCCACAGCAGCAGUGGUGGUCGUGGCGUCACCACCACCACAACCGAAACCGGAAAAACGGUUCGUUAGUAUACGCAUCAAUGUGCCGCCGUGCGAUAGUGUGGCGGGUGUUGGUUCGGUCUGUCUAAAUCCGGCCGGUGCUACCACGCAAACCAGCAGCAGCUGUAACAGCAACACCAGCAGCAGCAGUCGCUGCUCAUCGGCCGUUUCUAGUCCGAUCGAAGACAACAUUUACAACACGAUAAAAUAG